AUGGCCUCAAAUAGGCCUCUAGACAAUGACCAUUCUCUUUUCAUCCAGAGAACAAACUUUCUGUUUUUGGCUGUACUCGUAUAUGUAGACGACAUCAUUGUUGCUAGCAACAAUAACUCUGCCAUUACUCUCUUCAAACAAGCCUUAAACUCCAAAUUCAAACUAAAAGACAUUGGUUCUCUUCGUUUUUUUCUUGGCCUUGAAAUCGGCAGAACCAAACAAGGAAUUUCAGUUUCCCAACGACCCUUUACACUUCAGCUACUAAAAGAAACAGGGUACCUAGGAGCAAAACCAGCUUCAACUCCCAUGGAACCCAAUCUAAAACUUAGCAAAGAUAAAGGAGCUCCAAUCCCAGACCCUACAAUUUACAGAAGCUUGAUUGGGAAACUCAUUUACCUUACAAUAACAAGACCAAAUAUAUCAUAUGCUGUUAAUCACCUCAGCCAAUUUUUGACUUGUCCUCGAGCACCUCACCUACAAGCUACACAGCGUAUUCUGCAAUAUCUUAAAAGAACUCCUGGUCAGGGCCUUUUUUUCCCAUCAGAUACAUCUCCCAAACCUUCAGCAUAUGCUGAAACAAGUUUAUCUACAACCAAUGUUCAAGUCUCUUUCUUUGCAGAUGCUGAUUGGGGAAGUUGUCAAGACACUAGACGUUCCAUUUCCGGGUAUUGUGUCUUCCUAGGCUCUUCUCUUGUCUCAUGGAAAUAA